CUUCAAGUUAAUUAAGGGUGUCUUUCCAGGUGCUCGUUUGUCCAGAUGAGUCUAGCGUGCCGACAUGAACUCACGCCAGCUCAUUUGUUUGAUUUUUCUGUCAAGGUUAAAGUUAUCCACAGGUCAGAAUAUAAGCUGUCGUAAAGACCAAUGGCAGUGUGAUGAUGGAGGCUGCAUUGCUAACAAAUGGAGAUGCGAUGGAGAUGGAGACUGCUUGGAUGGGUCUGAUGAAAUGGACUGUGUUGGCUCUCUUGAAUGUCCACCCGGUCAGUUUUCAUGCAUGGACUCUGUUGACUGUGUUGAUGCGUCUGCACGCUGUGAUGGACAAAAGCAGUGUCCAACCGGCUCUGAUGAGGAGAACUGUACACUCUCAGAGGGCUGCUUGAAGUCAGACUGGACAUGUCAGAACAAGAUUUGUAUUCCCAGAGACUUGCGCUGCGAUGGACAGAAUGAUUGCGCUGACAACUCGGAUGAAGAGGGCUGUGGGUUGUGUAGCAAGGAAGGAAUACGGUGUCCCGAGUGGGUGUGCCUUUCUGCUGAAGAGAGGUGUGAUGGGAAGUUUCAAUGCUCGGAUGGCAGCGACGAGCCCGUAACCUGCGGGAAGACCUGCUCUGUGAACAAUGGCGGCUGCAGCCACGUGUGUGUGGAUGAGCCCUGGGGUGCUCUGUGCGCCUGUCCUGCAGGAUAUUACCUCUCUAUCAAUGGGGCGGUCUGCAAAGAUGUGGAUGAAUGUGCCCUUCCUUUUGGACCGUGCAUGCAUUAUUGCACCAACACCGCCGGAUCUUAUUAUUGCCACUGCAGAGAAGGCUUCACACCAAGCGAUGGCUUUGCCUGUCUAGCCACAGGUAACGAGACUCGACUGCUGACAGUGUUGAGGACAUCUGCAGGACUGCUGAGUGUCAAAUCUCAACGGUUUGAGGUCAUCCAGACUCUAAAGUCCAACCCAGUGGCCCUGACAUAUGACAUUGCCAGAGGCCGCUACUACUGGGCCGAUGAUGCGGGCCGCAUAUAUAAAAGUGAUGGGCAGCGCAGCUGGACCAUCUAUACUGGCGAGGUGGGAAUCAAAGCGUUAGCUUGUGAUUGGCUCAAUGGAAACCUGUUCUGGGCCAAUCAGAGGACAGACUCAAUCUACAUGCAAGCAGAAGAUGAAAAGAGUUGCACUACUCUGUUGAGCAAAGAUAUCAGCCCAUCAGAAUUGGUUCUUAUACCACUGGAGAGCUUGAUGUUUUGGAUCAACACAGGCCCCAAAGAUAGGGUGACCCUAGAAAAAUCCUGGAUGGAUGGAUCAGAGAGAAGCUCUCUGGCUGUGCUAACAGCUCAGUUGGCCCAUGGACUCACUGCAGAUGUGGGCGCCAGGAGGCUGUACUGGAUUAGCGACUUCAAGAAGUCAGUUGAGACUGUGAAGGUGGAUGGGACUGGCAGCUAUUCCUUUACCGGAUUGUGGAACAGGAGACCGGCUCUGAACCUGGCUGUGUUUGAAGGGUCCUUCUAUUGGGUUGAUGAUAAAGGACUCUGGCAGGUGCCACAGGACCAACUAAGCCAGAGGACGUUUCUGUGGAAAUCCACAGUUCCACUGCUCAGUGUUUAUCAUGAGCUGCAGCAGCCUCGAGGCACUUCUGCAUGCACCAAUACCCCGUGCCAUAUCUGUCUUCUAACUAAAGGCAACCCUCUUGGCUUCACCUGUACUUGUCCCAACUCCAAAGUACUGAUGCUUGGCGGAGCGUGUGAAUAUCCGAGGUUCCUUUAUGCGACCUCCAGCAGUAUCAGCAUGUUGGAGUUUAAAGGCAGCGAUUCCACGGAAACCGAGCUCUUUUCUACUGACAAGGGCAUCCUGUCAUUUGAUGUUAACUGGAACCAAGACUGGCUGUACUGGGCCAACCAAACUGGUCACCUCCAACGCACCAGCUUAACCCGAGUCAAAACGGAGUGGAUUCAAGCACCUGUGUCAGUUUGCCAAAUAAAAGUUGAUCAGAAGAGUGGCAGCGUGUACUGGGUGUCAUGCCACCAAACGAGCAUUGGAUCAGUGGAUGUGGGCAGUCGUCACUCGCAGCAGUUAUACCGCACAACAAAGGAGAUCCGGAACUUUUACCUGGACUGGCUGAGGGGUGGCAUCAUCUGGUUGGAGGAGGAGCAGGUCUUUACUAUGAGCGUGACUGGCAGCAAAGCCAAAGAAUUGCUGCGUUUGGCAGGAGUCAGAGGCAACAUUGCCUUUGACAUCAGGGCUGCUAGUCUGUUGUGGAACUCCAAAGUGGGAGGCCUGACGACAGUGAGUUUGCUGCAGGAGAAAAAACACCAGGCUGGAAAAAGAUGGAAUAUUUCCGGCUCGGUGGUAGGUGCCCUUGAGCCGUACCUGAUAUCUCUCUUCAAAGACGCCAUUACUCUGUGGGACCGCCGUGAUGGGCGCCCCGUUCAAGCUGUGACUGUGAAAGGUCAAGUGGUCAGCGUGAUGGCUGCACUCGGGGACAUACAUGCAGUACCUACUACUGUGAUCUGCAAUACGCCAGCCAUGCUGUGCAGGGACACAUCCAUCUGCCUCGCUCCAAGCCAGCUGUGUGACGGCAAGGAGGAUUGUCCUGAUGGAGACGAUGAGGAUUUUUGUGUUAAAACAUGCCCGUCCAAAGACGAUUUUAAAUGUCAAGACCAGAGGAGUUGUGUUUCCAUGGCUCUGGUGUGCGAUGGCCGCUCUCAUUGUUUCGAUGGCUCGGAUGAGGUCGGCUGCCCUGCUGUUGACUUGCCUGUGACUCGAGUAAAUGUCCUCAAGUGUCGCAAGGGCUUUAUGCCAUGCAGGAAUGGUGCAGAGUGUGUGCUAUACAACCAUGUGUGUGAUGGGGAGAAAGACUGUCAGGAUGGGUCGGAUGAAGAAGAAUGUGAGCAGGAUGUGGCCUCACCAAAACAAUCCACUGACGCAUCAAUCAAAAUUGCGCCUACAACUCCGCCACCAUCUCUGCCUGCCUGCAUCAGCCCCUCUGUGCUGUGUUCCCAUCCCUCUGGUCACCUCUGCAUCACCCCAAAGCAGUUUUGUGAUGGGCAAAAAGACUGUCCUGAUGGCUUUGAUGAAGAGAACUGUGUGAAAAGAUGUCCUUCUAAAGAUGAUUUCCGCUGCAAGGACCGAAGGAACUGUAUCUCCACUAGCCUCGUUUGUGACGGCCGUGCUCAUUGUCACGAUGGCUCUGAUGAAGUUGACUGUCCGAGUGUUGCAAGCCCAGCCGGCCAAUCAAAGGCCUUGAAAUGUCUCAUGGGCUCUAGGCUCUGUCGGGAUGGGAGCGAAUGUGUGCUCUUCAGUCACGUGUGUGAUGGAGAGGCGGACUGCAAGGAUGGCUCCGAUGAAGAAGGAUGUGACAACAGCACCACAACAACAACCACUUCUCCAGAAAAUCUUUACCGAAAUGGAGCCCCUUCAACCUUUGAUACUCUACCUCCAAGCGAGCCCUCCUGCCAGAGUCCCUCAUUUCUGUGUUCAGAUUCUUCAUGUAUCCUUCCAACACAGAUAUGUGAUGGAAUCAAAGAUUGCCCUGAUGGACUGGAUGAGAACUGCAUAAAACAAUGCCCAAAUAAAUUGGACUUCCUCUGCAAAGACAGGCGAAGCUGUGUCUCCAAGAGUCUGGUUUGCGAUGGCCGAUCUCAUUGCCACGAUGGCUCAGAUGAAGUUAAUUGUCCCACUGUAGCUCCUCCCCGCGCCAUGGGAAAGGUCCUGAAGUGUCGCUUGGGCUUCCGAUUAUGUCGGGAUCAGAGUGAAUGUGUUCUUUUUAGCCAUGUGUGUGAUGGAGAAAGAGACUGCGCCGAUGGAUCAGAUGAGGAUGAAUGUGGUGCAACUGAAACCCCACUUUUAGCAGGAAAUCCAGACGUGAAUAAAUUGCCCCCAUCUGUGACAGUUUUUAUUACACCUUCCCCCAAGCCAUCCUGUAGAAGUCCAUCAGUGCUGUGUCCAAAUUCAUUGCUUUGCAUCAGCCCAACACAGCUAUGUGAUGGAAUAAAAGAUUGUCCCGAUGGAUCAGAUGAGAACUGCAUCAAACGAUGCCCAAAUAAAUUGGACUUCCUCUGCAAAGACAGGCGAAGCUGUGUCUCCAAGAGUCUGGUUUGCGAUGGCCGAUCUCAUUGCCACGAUGGCUCAGAUGAAGUUAAUUGUCCCACUGUGGCUCCUCCCCGCGCCUUGGGAAAGGUCCUGAAGUGCCGCUUGGGCUUCCGUCCAUGUCAGGAUCAGAGUGAAUGUGUUCUUUUUAGCCAUGUGUGUGAUGGAGAAAGAGACUGCGCCGAUGGAUCAGAUGAGGAUGAAUGUGAUGCAACCGAAACCCCACCUUUAGCACAAAACCCGAGCUUGAAUAAAUUGGCCUCAUCUGUGAAUGUCUUUAAUACACCAACUUCCCUAAAGCCAUCCUGUGGAAGUCCAUCGGUGCUGUGUCCAAAUUCAUUGCUUUGCAUCAGCCCAACACAGCUAUGUGAUGGAAUAAAAGAUUGUCCCGAUGGAUCAGAUGAGAACUGCAUCAAACGAUGUCCAAAUAAAUUGGACUUCCUCUGCAAAGACAGGCGAAGCUGUGUCUCCAAGAGUCUGGUUUGCGAUGGCCGAUCUCAUUGCCACGAUGGCUCAGAUGAAGUUAAUUGUCCCACUGUAGCUCCUCCCCGCGCCUUAGGAAAGGUCCUGAAGUGCCGCUUGGGCUUCCGAUCAUGUCGGGAUCAGAGUGAAUGUGUUCUUUUUAGCCAUGUGUGUGAUGGAGAAAGAGACUGCGCUGAUGGCUCGGAUGAAGAUGAAUGUGAAGCAACUGAAAGCCCAUCUUCUGUGGAAAAUCCAAGUCUAAAUCAAUUGCCCUCAUCUGUGAAACCCUUGAAUCCACUUUCCCCUAAGACGUCCUGUAGGAGUCCAUCUGUGCUGUGUCCAAAUUCAUUUAUUUGCAUCAGCCCAACACAGCUAUGUGAUGGAAUAAAAGACUGUCCCGAUGGCUCAGAUGAGAACUGUAUGACAAAAUGCAUUUAUGAGAGUGAUUUCUUGUGCAAAGAUCGUAGGAGCUGCGUCUCCAAGACUCUGGUGUGUGAUGGCCGCGCUCAUUGCCAGGAUGGCUCAGAUGAGGUUGACUGUCCGAGUGUAGCUUCUCGUUCAAAUGCCCAAAUGACAAACGCCCUGAAGUGCCGUACAGGCUCGAAGCUAUGCAAAGACGGCACGGAAUGUGUUUUAUACAGCCACGUUUGUGAUGGAGAGAAGGAUUGUUUGGAUGGAUCUGAUGAAGAAGGAUGCCAGGAAACUUGCAAACAAGGUGAAUUUCAGUGUGCCCAUGGUGCAAUGUGCAUCCCUGAGGCCCAGGUUUGUGACGGGACCGCUCAGUGUCGUGACCGUUCUGAUGAACUGGACUGCUGGGAACAAACCAAAAGCUGCCAGUAUCGCUGUGCAGACGGCCAUCGCUGCAUCCCGAAGAAAUUUUUGUGUGAUGGAGAGCUAGAUUGUCUGGAUGGCACAGAUGAGGCAGGCUGUGAUCCUGUGAACACAACAAGCACACCUCUGGAUUUGACUUCUGAAUCAGUUUGCAUUGCUCCUUCAGUCCGCUGCCCAGGUUCAUCAGUGUGUAUCUCUCCAAAUCAGCUGUGCGACAGAAAAACAGACUGUCCUGAUGCAUUUGACGAGAGCGACUGUAUUUUCAAGUGUAAAAGCCGAACUGAUUUCUUGUGCCGUGACCGGCGAAAGUGCAUCCCCAGAAUCUACGUGUGUGACGGCCGUGCCCACUGUCCAGACGGCUCAGAUGAGAGGCAGUGCAAAUCGGCAGAUCCCAGCCCUCCUGCCUCCAUGAAGAAGAUUGGCGCCACAUCACCUCUGAAAUGCCGCAAAGGCUUCAAGCCUUGUAAAAAUGGCCUGGAGUGCGUGAUGUACAGCCACGUGUGUGACGGCGAGGACGACUGCCAGGAUGGAUCGGAUGAAGAGUCAUGUGCCGCUCAGUGCAAAUCGGAUGAGUUUGAAUGUCAGCACGGUAAUAGAUGCAUCGCACCAGAGAAGGUGUGCGACGGCCAGUACGACUGUCGGGACCGAUCUGAUGAAAUGAACUGUGAAAGUCAGAGUUUGGGCUGCCAGCACCGCUGCGAUAAGACGCGCUGCAUACCGGCAACCUUCCUGUGUGAUGGCGAGAGAGAUUGUGUCGAUGGGUCAGAUGAAGAGAAGUGUGGUUUGGCGGUCUGUGAAGUUGAACAAUAUCGUUGCAUGAGCGGUCAGUGUGUCUCGGAGGCUCUUCGAUGUGACGGUUACGCUGACUGCAGUGACCGCUCCGAUGAGGUAGACUGCGCAAGACCCCCACGCUGCCCGACACAACUGCGAUGCCCUCACAGUCACGAGUGCCUGCAGAGAGAAUGGCUUUGUGAUGGCGAGGACGACUGCAAGGACGGCUCUGAUGAAAAGAACUGCGUGACUAAACCACCGCCUUGUAGAGAAUACCAGUGGCAGUGUGGGGGCAGUAGUCAAUGCAUUCCUCUGUCCUGGAGGUGUGAUGGGAAGAAAGACUGUCACAAUAGCAUUGAUGAGGACAAAUGCAGCCAGAGAAGGUGCCCUUCUCACCUUUACCAGUGUGGCAGCGGUGAGUGUGUGGACCUGCGGCUGGUGUGCAAUGGCUUUACCAACUGUGCUGACAGUUCAGACGAGGGUGUGGGAUGCACACAGAGCAACUGCUCCAGUACUUCAGCUCCUCAGUGCGAGCAUAGCUGUGUCAGUACGCCAAAUGGACCGAAGUGUUACUGUACAGCAGGUUUCACGCUACAUUCCGGUGGCGUGUCCUGUGUGGACACAAACGAGUGCAAUUUAAUGCAGCACGAGGCAUGCAAACACAGCUGCCUCAACACCCCUGGGUCUUACGGGUGUCAUUGCCACCCUGGCUUCUACCUGGAGCCAGACAACAAAAGCUGUAAGACCAAGGAUGAGCCGCUGCUUCUGGCAUCAGUUCAAUCCGAACUAUUGCUUCUCGGAGUCCAUAGUGGCACAUUACGCCUUCUUUCUUCUGCCAAUCGACCGGUUUUCUCACUGGAUUACCACUGGGCCCGGCAGAGAGUUUACUGGCUGAGUCCUGACUACCAGAGCAUCCGCUGGGCCGACAUGACAAAAGACUCCAACAACAAAGGGACGCUUAUCAAAGGAGUGAAGUCUGACUUCAUUGCGAUGGAUUGGGUUGGUAAGAACCUGUACUGGGUGGAUGGACUUGUCGGCCAGAUUCUGGCGGUGCGACUUAGCGACACGGUCGUGAAAUCUCAGGAUUACAUUGUGGUACUGGCUGAAGAUCUGGAGCAGCCUCGCUCGCUGGUCCUGCUACCACACAAGGGGUUGAUGUUGUGGUCUGAGAUUGGCAGCACCCCUCAGAUCCGGCGGUCUGGGAUGGACGGCUCAAAGAGGAAGGUGGUGGUGAGCAGUGGCUUGAGCUGGCCUGUCAGUUUGGCCUAUGAUUUCCUGGACGACCGCGUGUACUGGGCUGACGAGAAGCUGUGCUGCAUUGGCUCCACCUCCCUGGAUGGAGAUUAUGUGAAGAUCCUUCAGUUAGCCGAAACUCCAAGCCCAUUCUCUGUGGCCGUCUUCAAUGAUCGGCUUUUCUGGUCUGACACAAAACGAAGAACCAUUCGCUCAGCCGACAAAAACACUGGGAAAGAUCAGAAGGUUCUUCUUAAGAGACCAGGACAGCCUUUUGGGCUAAAGCUGAUGCACGCCCUCUCUCAGCCCACGAUAUCCAACCCAUGUGACCAGCUGCAAUGCUCCCACCUCUGUCUCCUGACCCCAAUGCAGAAGGGCCGCUCAGGAUUGUCAAGAUCAGCCGGGGCUCUGGUAGGGAAGGAGCCGGCAGCAGUGUGUCGCUGCCCAAAGGGGCUACUCCUUUCUAAGGACAAGAUCAGCUGCUCUUUGCCAUUGGAAUCCACUUUCAUCGUGCUUCUGUCUACUACAAGAGUCUAUCAGAUUUACUUACAGUCCUUGCGUCACGAUGGGGUCGGUCUGAAAAGUAUGCCAAACAGUCGUGUGAUGGCAGUUCCCGGUGUUGUCGAGGCCUCUGUACUCGAUGUAUCUAUCCAAGCAUUGUCUCUCUAUCUGGCCGAUAGUGGGCAAGGUACAGUAGAUGUGCUGAACCUAAGUGGUCCCAGGUCCAGGCAGGGACUGUCUCCAGCUGGACGAGUUUUAAGUUUAAAGGAUGAUUCAGUCGUGGCUCUGGCUGUUGACUGGGUGACUUCCAACCUCUACUGGAGCAGUACCAAAAGACCUAACCUUCAUGUGACCACCCGUCAUAACGGCUUCACCACCUCUCUGCUGCAAGGAUCACUGACGGGCACAACAUCCAUUGCAGUGCACCCCCCCUCAAGUCAGUUUUGCUACACGGCCCUUGUUCUGACGGGAGGCAAGAGUCUGAAUGAGGUGAGCUGUGCCUGGAUGGAUGGCCGCAACAAAGCAGUGCUUUGGACAAAGUCCAACAUCCCCACAUCAUUGGUCUUUUCCAAUAAUGGAACCAUAAUCUACUGGGCUGACACAGGGGAAGGCCUAAUCUGCUCUAUUGGACUUAAUGGAUCUGGUUAUAAACAAUACAAAACGGGGCCAGGUUUGCUUACUUCUUUCACAUACACUGAGAAUAUCCUCCUCUGGAUAACCCUGGAAAAGGAUGUCACCAAAAUGUGGUUCAGCGAUGGCCUCCAGCCCAAACAGCUGUGGUUCGAGACACAAACCAGCCUGGUAGACAUCAAAGCUUACAGUACUGACAGCCAGGAAGGAUCCAAUAUGUGCGGCAACAAAAACGGGGAAUGUGCGCAUCUGUGUUUGCCGUACCCUGGCGGUCGCACGUGCAAGUGCAGUCGUGGAUUUUACAGCAUCACUCCCACUUCCUGUGCACCCGAGCACCCUUGUCCUGAUGGAGAACAAGCUUGUCUUGAUAGUAGCAAGUGUAUCAGCAGUGAGAGGUUCUGUGAUGGACGUGUGGACUGUCUGGACCAGUCGGAUGAACAGGAUUGUCCAUAUUUAAAGUCCCAUUUUGGGAAGAAAGCCAGCGACGGCCAACCUCCCAAGUCUCCGCUCUCACCUCCUCACCAUAACUCCCCAAAGGACUCUUUGUCAGUCAAGGACGCGGCUUCAUGUGGUCAGCAGCACUGUCACGGUCACGGCCACUGCAUCACACAAGGCAAAGCCCGUCACUGUCACUGCAUUGCUGGUUAUAAAGGAGAGUUCUGUGAAGAAGAGGAAAGUGGACGAAGCCACGUGGCGGUUGUCCUGGGUGUCUUCUGUCUGCUUGCUGCAUUCAUGGGCCUUGCUUUCAUUUUUGGAAAAAGGAGAGCCUGGGUUUCAAUCAGAGGCAGACCACAGGAGAAGGAAACUCUCAUGGCCAACAUGAGCCUACCUGAACACUUGGAGACUGACUGUGAGGAGCUUGAGUCCACGGUAGACUUCCGGAACCCCCCAGUUGCUUCAUAACAUCCAGUUGACGUCUGCUGGCAGAUGUACACUGUUGGAUCAGCUAUGUAACUCGGGCUUCAGAAGUAAUAAACCACCAUUUCAUAUGAACUGUCU